GCCCGAAAAUGAUGCUAUCUGUAACCCUCUUGGCUCUAUCUAUGAGUCUUAGCGCUAUGACUAGCGUUGAGGCUUUGAAGAUUGGAGCCUUCAACAUACAGAUUUUUGGCACCAACAAGAUGGAGAACGGAGAUGUAGCAGACAUGCUCGUCAAGAUAUGUAUGCGGUACGACAUUCUUUUGAUCCAAGAGAUACGUGACAACGAAGGGACCGCCAUUUUGGAUUUGCUAGACAGGGUCAACAGAGCUGGCCCUGCUGACUACGCCAUGGUGAUAAGUGACCGACUCGGCAGGACAAAUAGCAAGGAACAAUACGCUUUCUUCUACAGGACAGACGUUGGACUGACGCUGACCAACUCGUAUCACUAUGACGACGGGGACGAAUCAACGGGCAACGACACAUUCCAGCGGGAACCGUUUAUCGUCCGAUUCUCCUCAAAUCGAACUGUUGUUGACGACUUUGUCCUCGUGGCCAUCCAUACCGACCCACAGGAAGCAGUCUCAGAGUUGCAGGAGCUUGACUCUGUCCGAGAGAACAUCGUCUCCAAAUGGCGCAUCACUAAUAUCAUGAUCCUGGGAGAUUUCAACGCCGACUGUGAUUUCGUCCGUCCCAUCCAUUGGGACACCAUCCCCCUCUGGACCAGAUAUCGGACCUACGAUUGGCUGAUAGGUGAUGACGUCGACACGACUACAACCUCGACCGACUGUGCCUACGAUAGGAUUGUGGUGUCCGGACCAAGUCUGAGGGGAGGUAUAGUCCUGAACAGCGCAGGUGUCUACGAUUUUCCGAAUGACUUAAACCUGCUCUGUGCCUGUGAGGCCCUAGCGGUCAGCGAUCACUACCCGGUAGAAGUGGACCUGAUAGAACCUGGUGCACCUUUGGUAACAGAAGUAACAGCUGCAGCUGAUCCACGCCCCGACAGCUACCUGGCAGAUGUAUCUGUACCCCUCGGUGAGCUCGACUUCAGCCGGGCCAUCUCGACCCUUCGCUACGCUGCAGAGCAGGUGAAAUUCGCUAGGGGCGACAGGAAGUUGUGGCUGGAAACGUUCAGGCAGGCUGCAGCUCUGGUGGAGGAAGAUCUCAUGCAAGACAACCUGUAGUGGUACCACUAUGUGGUAGCAUUAUGAAUGGAAAUAAACGCCAUGUUACGAACGAG